GGAACCAAUGAAGAAUGAAAAUACAAUCUUAUCACCUCAUCUGCUGUUAUUUUGCCUUAACCCUGUCCCCAGCAUAAAUGUGUGGGAAGGUGAGGGUUUGGGCAGUAAAUAUGCUUACACAUGACAACAGUGAGAAUGAUGUAUGCCUGAUGGAUUGGAACAGACUAUGGUGUCUGAUGCAAGUGAGAGAGAAAGUGUGGUCCAUAAAAACAGCAAAAUGAAUGAGAAUAUCAUUUGUGGAAAUGAUUUUUUUUCAUGUGUCUGUAAAGUCUAUUAAAACAGAACUUUAAAGACGCUUUUGCUCAAACAGAUGGUUGCUCCUAAUCAGGGUGUGGCUAACUGCAUGCAGCUGGAUUUUCUUUUAACAGUAAGAGAUUCAAUUUUAAAGUAGAGCUGGCAAAAGGUUAAGCAGGACGCCUCUCGAGGUAUUAGUGAUUGACAAACAUCAAUAACUCUGGGCCAAUUCAAUGGGACAGUAGUUGCUCAUAUCAAAAUUAUGAUAGUUACAAUUCUUAAGAGAUGUUCUGCCUUUGGUCAUGGCCAUAAUAAUCAGUGUUUUCGCAACAAUGAUAAUUUAAUUGCACUUGCAGUCUAAGUGUAAUAGUAUAUCUAGUGAGGGCUUGCUGCUCAUGACUGACGAUUGGUGAGCCUACCAUCCUCCUGCUGUACCAACUGUCAUGCUGAUAUUGUGACAACAAUCAACAUAAAGUUAGCAAUGCCCUUGUGUGCAUACCUACACCAAAUUUGCUGAAACUCAUGAUGCCCACCCAAUGACUGCAAACAGUUAAGAGAGAGAGAGUGGGCUCCAAAAUUACAGGCAGGAUUCACAUUUGAUAUCAAGAACAUUCAGCACUGCCACAUAUUUGUGCACAAAUAUUCAUCUCCUCUGCAGUCCAGGCAUGAACCCUGAUUUCUCUCACAGCCUGCUUGACACUAAGGAAAAUGAACCAAUCAAUACAGUUUCUUCUACAGAGUAAAAAAUACAUGGCAUGGAGCUGAAUGCCUCUGUAAAUAAUGCAAGACAUGGAGCUGAAUGAUGUCUCAGCAGCAUGGCCCAGACUUUCCUGAUACCAUACCUACUCUAGUAAGAGCACAUCAAAGCAGAAAUAUCUACUAAAGAUCUCCUUUUUCCUGCAUCAACUACUUUGUCAUAGAACAAUGAUUUCAAAUUGUGUGUUUUAAAAGUCUUUCUGGAAAGCACACUGAGCUUGCCUUGAAUUAAAAAAGUAUUAUUAUAAUCAAUCAAAAGUUCAUUUUAAUACAAGGAAGAAGCUCAGAUCUUUUUGAUGCUUUUGAUAGAAUAGCUACUCUUGCUCUAGUCCUAAUGGAGUCAGAAAUUUCAAAAGAAGUUAAAAUUUAAAAAAUGUCUACAUUUGCUCCAACAUGUUGCAAUAAAUGUUUUCUGGCUCCUCCACAUGGCAGAGUGAGUAAGAAAAGUUACAAAUAAGAGUCUAAUCUACUUGUGACAACUUUAUCUCCCUAGGGUUUACUUGAACAACCAUGUUUACUUGAAUUUAGGUUCCACUUUGUCAAACAGCAAUUAUGCUACUUGCAUAACAAUUAUGUUACCAAUCAAUUUUUUGAAAAAAAAAGGUGGGAGGGGAAUUUAAGAGGUUUAUGAGAGGUUAUAAGGUAAAGACAAAGCCCCACUACAAUGACAUCAAGGUCUAACAAAGGAGGAAGGAAAUGCUUCGUAGGCACCGUGGCAGUUUAAGACAGAAGACAAAGCCGUAAGUUCCCAGCAAGAAUAAGUCUCAGGUGACUGAACAAGUUUACUGGUAAGUUUACUUGCAAAUACCCUUCUUAACUGAUGCCAUCACUGAAUAAACAAACCCUGCUGGUUACUAAUGUCAGCUGACUCAUAAGAUGAAUACUGCAUACCCAGCUUCUGCAAUAAAACUUGUAAUUACUAACCUUUGAAUGACUUAUGGUAAAGUGUGGCUUAAGAACCUUUGAAUAGCUUGUGGACUGAAUUAUUGCAUGUUUGGCUUCACAGUACAUCUUGGGAAUGUCAGAAUAUGGAUGUUUACUGUAAACAUUUAGCUUAUGUGGGCUUUACCAUUAAACUGUCAGCCACAACAUUUUGUAUAGCACACGAAUAUUUUUAUGAUUUAGAUAAACAAGCAAUAACUUUGUAGCUUUAUGACAAAAUACUGAGGGUGUAGCAUUGUUGGCAUACAAUACAAUACUCUUAUUAUUGGUGACAGAGAAAUAAGACUCUUAUUUAGAGACAUUGUGUCAUAAACAUCCAGUAAUACUACUGUAAGACAAUGUUUACUGUCAACCUGAAAGACAUAGUUUGGAGCCCAUGUGGCAAAAAGGUUGUGACAACUUCUAAACAAAUUGCCAGUAAGAAUCCACAACUUUCUCAUCACCAGAACAGAGCUUGAAACCCAUAAUGUAAACUGAUUGUAACAAAUGUCCUUCCCCAUGACCUUUUCAUCAGAAGUUUAGAGCAAACAAUACAGAACUGUCACAAAUGUUGAAUUACUAUCAGACUUCUUAUGAAGACAUUAGCCAAGCUAAUGUAAAGAAUUUUGUGUUUGCCACAUGUAUGUUAUGUCACCACUGAGACCUUAUGACUGCUUUGCUAGAACAUCUACUCCUGAGUUCAUGGGGAAGCCCAAGCAGCCUGCAUCUGCUGCAGGCACCAUUCGCAUCCAUGCUACCAGCAAUGCCAAAGGUCAGACUGAAAUCGACCUCAGUCAUCAUAGUCUGACCUACAUUCCCCUUCAAGUGUUUCAGUUUGCUCACCUUGAAGUUCUGAAGCUGUCCAACAAUACCAUAGACACUGUGCCUGUCAUGAUUUCCUAUUUGCGUGGACUGCGCACGCUGCACCUGCAGCACAACCUCUUGACCCAGCUGCCUGAGACUCUUGUCAACUGUCGCCACCUGUCGGAGAUUGACUUGACUCAUAAUCAGAUGACCAUGCUGCCUCGAGGGCUGGGCACGCUGAAAGAACUGCGUGUCUUAAAACUUGGUGACAACCUACUAGAGCAGAUUCCCCAUGAAAUUGGUGACAUAACAAGUCUUAGAGUAUUAGAUCUCCAUGGCAACCACUUGUGGUACCUGCCAUUCUCUGCUCAGAAUUUGCACCAUUUGGUUCGUCUCGAUUUAUCCAACAAUCUCUUUGACCAGAUACCUCUUGUUGUUACCAAAAUGCCGUGGCUGCAUGCCUUGAACAUGGCUAAAAACCGGUUGGCAGCACUCCCACCAGACUUUGACCAACUACGAGCACUGCAAGAACUCAACCUGAGUGAGAAUCAAUUUGUUGCCAUGGGCAUGAUGGUGGCCAAACUUCGUAACCUUAAGUACCUCUCUCUGGCUCACAACCGGUUAAAAUUUCUUCCAAAACAAAUGACUAGCCUGCAGAACUUGCGCGUACUUCACCUUCAGGGAAACGCCCUUGAAUCUCUGCCUGAUGAUUUUCCCCACCUGAGAUACCUGAACGUAGCCAGAAAUAGCCUGGUCCAGUUUUCUGUUCUGCAUAUGGCUCACCUUGCUGCUUUGGAUGCUUGUAGCAACAAGCUGCUUACAGUACCUCAUGGUCUCUAUCGUCUCUACCAGCUUCGGAUACUUCGCCUGGCACACAACAACAUUUCAGAGCUGGCUGAAGACAUAUGUCAGCUGAAGAAACUCCAAACACUUGACAUAUCGGACAACAAUCUUUGUAGCCUGCCUGCUUCACUACACAUGAUGAGGAAGCUAACAUCCUUCAAUGUGCACGGGAAUGAAAACAUCAGCCGGCCACAACUGCUGGCAGCAUCCGGCUUCAUCACAAAUGGAAUUAAAUCACCGCAUGGUAAAACCACUUCACUGAACAAAAAGCAGAAAAGCAAAGAUAAGAAUAGGUUAAUGCGAAAAUCCUUUUCAAUGCCAUCUCUGCAUAAGCCUAUGCUUUUUGACCAAAAUAUAGCUUAUGCCACACUAACUGAUAAGAGUGCAGGUCUCCCUUCAACAAAUGGUUACAACAGAUCAGGUGUUACACCUCAGGCAGCGUGGCUUCAACAAAGAGCACCAUGGGUCAAGGACAUGACCCUGAAUACAGCACCAUCAAUCUUCUACCCUCUGGACACCACUGAUUUUGAUACAGCAGAAAUGCAAACAAACUUAUCCGCCGAGAGUCUGGAUAGUGACAGCACCAGCAGUACUUUUCAUAUUCCUUUUUCAAAGCAAUCUUUCACAUCAAAACUCACUGAUCUUGCUCGUGAGGCAUGUCUGUGUUCUGAUGAUGAGAAUGAUAAUCCAAGGCAAAGCAAAGACCCACUAAGCGGACCUCAACAUGCUACAAUACCAAGAACACAAAAGAAGAAGAGUCUGAGGGAUCUGUUCUGUAUGACAACAAAUCAGAAUGCAGAUACUGAUGCACCUUCUGCUGCACAAAGUCAUGCUAACAACAUGGCGGAAAAUGCACUCCCCCUGACAUCAAAGCACCCAAUCUCAGAGGGUGAAGGUUGCCAUGACAUAUUUUAUCAGCCAUCUAAGAGUGAAAUGAACUACAUCAGCACAUACAUGUCUGCAGGUAACAGCUUAAAAGCAACACAAGAAACUGGUCAGACCUUCAACACAUCUCUUCAAUCUCAACAGUUCCAAGCACCAGUGAAACAUAACAAAAUGAUCAACAAUGCUAGCCAGCUUUAUGGUCAGACAAGGCAACAUCCUGAAGAUGGCAGCACUGAGCAGCCCCUGACUAUGCAAAUGUGGACUCAAACACAACCAUUCACAGGAAGUGUACAAAGCACGAGUACACAAACACAACUGGUACUCGACACCAUCCAGUCCCCAGUUAAAGAGAACACCAUCCAAAAUCACUCUGCAAUGUCACCUUCCCUUCCUGCAGCGGGUCAUCAAGGUAACUUCAUCAUGAGAAAACGUCACCCUCCACCCUUGUCUCCACUCAGUCCUAGUUCACAACCCAACUGGUCAGCUACUUCUGGCAUCCAGUCCAGCUCUGAGACAACACCUUAUCCUAGUUCAGGGCCUAAAACUGGGAGCCACUCUCAUGAGGGAGCCAAACAAGGGAAGGGAAUAGACUAUACACUGCUUGGUAUGUGCAGUCAGAUCCAAACAAAACUCCACAAAGACCUGCUGCAGCCUGUUAUUGGCUUUAGUGGAGGCCACAGCGGAAGGUUCUCUGACAAAACCACCUCUAAGGAAGCUGAUGGUAUGUGGCCAGCCCAUCAUGCAGGAGGCGAGCUGUUGGCUGAUGGGGUGGUGGAGGGGGGCCUAGAGUACAGUCCAGGCGAGACUUUCACCACCACAGGAGAUGGUGGCCACUAUAUGUCCAUUUUUUGUCCACACGUACAAGUGUCUGUCCCUCCAGGUGCCAUAAGCUCCAUAUUGCAUGUCACACUGCAGCAACUGACAAUCUCGCCAGCUCUUUUGGAAGCGCUAGGCCACAUCAACAGCCACAUCUCUAACAUAGUAUCCCUUGGCCCCAUCAUCUUCCUCAGUGCACUGGAAAAAACAGCCUUCACCUCCCCCGUGACCAUGACCAUCCCCUCCCCGCCCAAGGCAAGGGGUCAGCAGGGUCAUCUUGUGGUGGUGUCCGUCUGCAAUGACAACACCUGUAUACCAUGUGCCACAGGGUAUCAGUCAUCUCGGCAUGAGGUGACACUCACCUCCUGGCACAUGACAGGGAAAGUGGCCAUGCAAACGAAAGCCAAGUGCAAGUACAAAGCUUGUAAGUCAAUGGAGCAACUUCUAGCCACCCUCAACCUGGUCACCAUGAACACCACUGGAAAUGCUUAAUUUGACUGCUGGACAUGCUUAACUUAGUUGAUUUAAUUUUAUCGCAUAAUUUAGGUUGUCAUAGCCAUAUCAAAUAGUAAGCCUGUGCUAUGCCCAGUUUAGAGGAUACCCAGAACUGUGUGGUCACCAUGAAUGACUCUAGCUACCUUUAAUCCGAUCACCAUACACACUGCUGGUGUUCUUAUAAGAAAAUCAUUCACAACUCUUAACCUGUUUACUGUACAAUGUCACCAAUCACUUUUAACCAGAAAUCACAAAUGAUGUUGGGUACCGUUGGGUAGUCAUUAUGAAUGUUACUGGCCUAUUUGUACUUUUGUCCCAAUAUUUUGCCAACUGAUUCCCAAACUUUGCUUUGCUCUUUACCUUCUACCAUCUCCAAACAAUGUUCUAUGCACCAAUCUAACCAGUGAUACCUCACACAUCAAUCCCACCAACAAUGCUCUAUGCACUGAUCCCACCAACCUUUGCCCUAGGCACCAAUCCCACUAACAUUGCUCCAUAGCUCUAUGCACCAAUCCAACCAAUUGUAGCAACAGGCACCGAUACCACUAUAUAUAACAAAGACUCGUUAACAGUAGUAGACAGCGCUUUGAUGAAAAUAAAAUUAGUUUAUGCCAGUUUACAUACAAACUUAUUCACUGUGAAUUUGGUCGAGGGAUCUGUAAACAAACUUCACUGAAACAGGAAAGUAAACAGUGUCCAGUUAACAUGCCUCUUACUUCUGUUUGAAUGGACGAGUGUUCAUAGAAAGUUUAAAGCAAGUGGCCGCUUGAAACACAUGCUGUUACUAUAAAAAUUAAAUACAAAUGCUACAAUGUACACACAGGUACAUUCUUUAAGCCCAUGCAGGUUAAUACUUCAAAAAUAAAACAGCAAAUCUAACAAUGAUUUGGUGCAGCAAAUGUCACACCUGAAAACUAG